AUAAGAAAGCUGGUCUUUCUUUCAUAUGUAGACUGGAAGUUUACAGGAAACUAACAAUAUAAGCCUUGUAGAACCAGUAGCAGGAGUAGUCAAGAAGAAGAAAUAGAAGAAGGAACAAGCAUUCUUUUUUUUUUCCUCCAAAAAAAAGUUUUUUUUUUUCCUAUAACAAAUAAAUCUAUUUUGUGUUCUCAUAAUUUCUCACUAUUUCUGGAGGAAAUGAAGAAAAUUCCUUUUCCGGAGCUCGUUAUCUUAUGCUUGCUAUGUUUUUGCUCUUCACUUUCCGCGAAAGUGCUUCCCGAGAAAGAAAUUCUGUUGGAAUUCAAGUCCCUUGUUUCUGAUUCUCAUGGGAUUCUCUCUAGCUGGAAUUCUAGCAGCAGUGAUCACUGUUCAUGGCUUGGUGUCUCAUGUAACUCAGAAUCUAGGGUUAUUUCGCUCAACAUCAUGGGCGGUGAAAGGUAUGAAGGUAAUUCGCAAGCUCUUUCUUGUUCAAAUUCUUUACAGUUUCCAUUUCGUAGAUUUGGAAUAAAGAGAAGAUGCUCUGAUUCUGUUGGGAAAUUAAAGGGAAAGUUAACACCUUUGAUUGGACAACUUAGUCAGCUUAGGGUUUUGUCUCUGCCUUAUAAUGAAUUUAGUGGUGAUAUUCCUUUGGCAAUAUGGGAAUUAGAGAAUUUGCAAGUGCUUGAUCUUGAAGGAAAUUUGUUCACUGGGAAAUUGCCUUUUGGAUUUGUUGGGUUAAGGAAAUUGAGAAUUUUGAAUCUUGGGUUUAAUAGACUUGAUGGGGAGAUUCUUAGUUCUUUGUCAAAAUGUGUGGGUUUACAGGUUUUGAAUUUAGCUGGUAAUAACCUGAAGGGGUCAAUCCCUACUUUUGUUGGUAGUUUCUUUAAGCUGAGAGGGCUUUAUUUGGCUAAUAAUGCGCUUAAUGGAACUGUUCCGGAUAUCUUUGGAAGUAAAUGCCGGUAUCUUCAGCAUCUUGAUCUGUCUGGAAAUGCCCUUUUUGGUGGCAUUCCUCGUAGUUUGGGAGAAUGUCAACGGUUGAAAACACUUUUGUUGUUUUCGAAUAGGUUGAAUGGUGAGGUUCCUCGUGAGUUCGGUCAGCUUCAUAGACUUGAAGUUUUUGACAUUUCAAGAAAUUUCAUUGGUGGUGUAAUUCCUGCUGAUCUUGGCAACUGUAUUAAUUUGUCGGUUCUUGUCCUUUCAAGCGUCUUUGAAACGUGGCCAAAUGAUAGAAAUAAGAAUGGAAAUGAAUUGGUUCAGUUGCCAAAUGUUGGUAAUGAUGAGUACAAUCAUUUCCAAGGAUUUAUUCCUGCAGAGAUUACAACCCUUCCUAAGCUGAGAGUGCUUUGGGCUCCUGGAGCGGCUUUUGGAGGAAGGCUUCCAAACAAUUGGGGUAGCUGUGAGAGCUUGGAAAUGGUGAACUUAGCUCAUAAUGGUUUAAGUGGGGAAAUAAAUGGAGUUUUUGAGAAAUGCAAGAAGCUCUCCUACCUUGAUUUGAAUUCAAAUAGGCUUACUGGGAAGCUUGACAGGAAGCUUCCAGUUCCUUGUAUGACUGUAUUUGAUGUUAGUCAUAACCUCAUGUCUGGCUCCAUCACCAGAUUUAAUUGCAGUGCUUGCUCGCGUGUAUCACCCUCUAGUUCAGCGCUCAUAAAAGUCUAUGACCCAUCACAUGCAUACAUUUCUUUCUUCAUGUACAAAACUCGCCUUGUGAACCAUCUGCCAUUCUCUGUUGCCAAUUUGGCAAUAAUUCACAAUUUUGGUGGAAACAACUUCACUGGUCCAAUCAAUUGGCUGCCAAUUGCACCGGAGAGAUUGGAAGAGCAGACUGAUUAUGCUUUUCUUGCCAGUGGAAACAAGCUUACUGGACCAUUUCCCGGAAGCUUACUUGGAAAGUGCAAUAAAUUGCAUGGAAUGAUUAUUAAUGUUAGCAGAAACAAAAUAUCUGGUUUUUUACCUUGGAAGAUUGGUUUGAUGUGUAGAUCUCUAAGAUAUCUGGAUGCCUCUGAGAAUCAAAUUUCGGGAUCAAUACCCCAAAGUCUCGGGGAUUUGAAAUUUCUUUCUUACCUUGACUUGAGCAGGAACAAACUGCAAGGUCAAAUCCCAGCUAGUUUUUAUCAGUUAAAGCACAUGUUGUUGGCGGGUAACAACCUGACUAGUGUUAUCCCAUCUAGUCUGAGGGAUUUCAAGCAGAAUGCCUCUGGUUCCACUAAUGUGAGAUUACUGUCCUCAGAUCUCAUAUCAGAGCCAUUGCCCUUGAAGGGAAAAGUGAUGAACUGCAGCAAUGCCCUUGGAAAUCAUUUUCCCAACUCUUGCGAUACUUAUAUACAGGCCGCAUCAUCUCCCAAUCCAGGAGCAAGUAAUGGAAAUCAAGCUAGGAACGCAACUGCUCAACCAGAAACCACAAGCAAGAGUAAUGGUUUUAAGCCCAUUGAGAUUGCAUCAAUAGCAUCUGCAUCAGCUGUUGUUUCUGUCCUUCUAGUUCUAGUAAUUCUUUUCUUUUACACAAGAAAAUGGGUCCGAGCUGCUAGGGUUCAGGUUAAUGAACCAAAGCAAAUUACAGGUUUUGUUAACAUUGGGGUCCCGUUAUUAUAUGAGAAUAUUGUAGAAGCAACUGGGAACUUCAAUGCAAGCAACUGCAUUGGGAAUGGAGGCUUUGGUGCCACUUACAAGGCUGAAAUUUCUCCAGGGACACUAGUGGCUGUCAAGAAGCUUGCUCUUGGAAGGUUUCAAGGUGUUCAACAAUUCCAUGCUGAGAUAAAGGCCCUGGGAAGGGUGAGGCACCCUAAUCUGGUAACUUUAAUAGGAUAUCAUGCCAGUGAAUCUGAGAUGUUUCUCAUCUAUAAUUAUUUGCCCGGAGGUAAUCUGGAAGAUUUUAUUAAGGUAAGAUCACCAUUAGCAGCUAGUUGGAAGGUUCUUCACAAGAUUGCCUUAGAUAUCGCCUCUGCACUUGCUUAUCUUCAUCAUCAAUGUGCUCCUCGAGUUCUACACCGUGAUGUCAAGCCAAGUAACAUAUUGUUGGAUAAUGACUUAAAUGCCUAUUUGUCUGACUUUGGGUUAUCUAGGCUCUUGGGAACUUCUGAAACACAUGCGACAACUGGUGUGGCUGGAACAUUUGGGUACGUUGCACCAGAAUAUGCUAUGACCUGUCGGGUGUCUGAGAAGGCUGAUGUUUACAGCUAUGGCGUCGUUCUGCUUGAGCUGAUAUCAGAUAAGAAAGCAUUGGAUCCUUCAUUUUCUGUGCAUGAAAAUGGUUUCAAUAUCGUUUCCUGGGCCUGCAUGCUUUUGCAACAUGGCCGAGCAAAGGAUGUCUUCACUGCUGGGCUAUGGGAGUCAGGCCCCCAAGAUGAUCUGGUGGAAAUGCUGCACUUGGCUGUUAAAUGUACAAUUGAAACGCUCUCAAGCAGGCCUACCAUGAGACAAGUUGUCCAACAAUUGAAGCAAAUCCAACCUUCUUGAUGCCUGCGGACGAUGACCGAUGGAGGUGUAAAGCCGAGUAUACAAGGUAUGAUAUGAGUAGAAGAAAUGCAGCUUGUAAGUUGUACAUUUGCUGCAAAGACCAUGUCAGGAUUUCAUUUUAUGCUGUAAUGUACGUCUGUAGGCGUCUCUUCUUGCAUUAGGUCAAUGGAAAUUUUCGUAGGAACAACAGUUACAUGCAGAGCAUAGCAUAGAAUUCGAUAAUUGUGUUUCUGUCUGGGAAAUCAUCUUAGUACAAGUAAAAAAAUUUUCUUUUUACUCCAAAA